AGGUAACUGAAUAUAUGACCUUACAACAAUGUGGAGGUGGUCACAUGACUCCAAGGCCAUCAGCUUAGUAGAGAGGCUUUUGUUGACUUUCUCCCAGAAGCUCCAGAGUCAGUGCAACAAGAGCUUCUGGCACACCAUGGCCAACCAACCACAAAAAUUCCCUCCUGACUUUAUCUUUGGGGUAGGAAGUUCAUCAUAUCAGGUGGAAGGUGGAGCAAAAUUAGAUGGAAAAGGCGAGAGUACAAUUGACAGAUUUGUGCACACCAGACCUGAACACAUCAUAGAUAGAUCAAAUGGAGAUGUGUCAUGCAAUACUUAUAAGUUGUUCAAGGAGGACACUAAGCUAUUAGUAGACUUGGGAGUGGAUUUUUACAGGUUUUCAAUCAGUUGGAGUCGUAUUUUACCAAAUGGCGAUGUAUCAAACAUAAAUGAAGCUGGAAUUAAUUAUUACAAUGAUCUCAUUGAUAAUCUAUUAGAAAACAACAUUCAACCCAUGGUGACCAUAUUUCAUUGGGACUUGCCUCAAGUGCUUCAGGAUCUUGGUGGAUGGCCCAACCCGUUGAUUGCAGAUUAUUUUGAGGACUAUGCCCGAGUACUCUUUGAACAUUUUGGUGAUAGAGUGAAAUACUGGUGCUCGAUCAACGAGCCCCGGCUGUACUCUAGUUUUGCAUAUGGAAGGUCUCUCUCCGUAUAUCCACUGUUAGCACCAGGACUGGAACUCCAUGGUACAGGGGAGUACUUGGCUUGCCACACUUUGCUGCGAGCACAUGCCAAGACUUAUCAUCUGUACAAUGAUCACUACCGGGAAUCCCAGAAAGGUCAAAUAGGAAUUGUAGCGGAUGCUUUUUAUUAUCGACCAGCUUCCAACAGUCCUGAGGACAUAGAGGCUGCUGAGAGAGGCCUUAUUUUUGAACUAGGAUGGGUGUUACAUCCAAUAUUCAGUUCAGAGGGUGACUAUCCACCGUUAAUGAAGGAUAUUGUGGCACAGAACAGCAUAAAAGAAGGGAGGUUCAGAUCUCGCUUGCCUACCUUUACUCCGGAAGAAAUAAAGUUACUAAAAGGUUCAUCUGAUUUUCUUGGGCUGAAUCACUACACCACAUAUGUAGUAACAGCUGGAGGGUGUGGAGCAAAUCCAUCACACAACCGAGAUACAAACUUCAUUCGUGCAAUAGACCCAGCAUCAACCACCAAUCGAUAUCCUUCAUGGCUUGCGGUGGAGCCAGAAGGAAUAAGACAACUUCUCGGUUGGAUAAGUAAGAACUAUAACAACCCAAAAGUGAUCAUAACAGAAAAUGGUUGUGCAGACCCAAAUAAGUUGGAGGACAAUCAUAAGGUGGACUAUCACAAGAUGUACCUAAAAGCAGUAUUGGAAGCCAUCAAUGAUGGGUGUAAUGUCAAAGGUUAUACUGUUUGGAGCUUUUUGGAUAGCUUUGAGUGGGACUGUGGAUACACAGAAAAGUUUGGCCUGUACCAUGUGGACUUCGAAGACCCUUCUAGACCAAGAACACCAAAAAAAUCUGCAGAAUUUUUCAAGGAGUUUCUAAAAACAAAAUGUAUAUAGUUAAUUUUCUAUAAAUACACAACAUUUAUAAAUUUA